UUUCCCGGUUUGAGUCCCUCCGUGAAUCCGUGAAUCUCGUACAUUUUGUGCGUCGCUUCCCGCCUCGUCUCUUCCGUACAAGAAAAAGAAAUAUGAGCUGCUGUCAAGCUAAAGCAGACAUUGGCCUGAUUGGCCUGGCAGUCAUGGGACAGAACCUGAUUUUGAACAUGAAUGACCAUGGCCAUGUGGUGUGUGCCUUCAACAGGACGACAGAAAAGGUAGACGAAUUCCUCAAGAAGGAAGCCAAGGGGACCAAAGUUAUUGGUGCCCACUCCCUCGAGGAGCUGGUCUCCAAGCUCAAGACGCCACGCCGCAUCGUCCUCCUUGUCAAGGCUGGACAGGCUGUUGAUGACUUCAUCAACAAGCUGACUCCCUUGCUCACCAAGGGGGACAUUUUGAUUGAUGGCGGCAACUCUGAAUACCAAGACAGCGAGCGCCGCUGCGAGGCACUCAAGGCCAAGGGCAUCCUGUUUGUGGGCUCGGGGGUCAGUGGAGGGGAGGAGGGGGCUCGCUAUGGACCCUCUCUCAUGCCCGGAGGCAACAAGGAGGCCUGGCCCCAUAUCAAGGACAUUUUCCAAGGGAUUGCAGCCAAGGCUGAUGGAGAGCCCUGCUGUGACUGGGUUGGUGACGGCGGUUCCGGCCACUUCGUCAAGAUGGUGCACAAUGGGAUCGAGUAUGGGGACAUGCAGCUGAUUGGUGAGGCAUACCACCUCAUCAAGGAUGCAACGGGCAUGUCCCACGACGACAUGAGCAAGGUGUUUGACGAGUGGAACAAGGGUGUGCUGGACUCCUUCCUCAUCGAAAUUACGAGCAACAUUCUCAAAUACAAAGAUACCGACGGCGAGCCGCUGGUGACCAAGAUCAGAGAUGCCGCUGGACAGAAAGGCACGGGCAAAUGGACGGCGAUUUCUGCUCUUCAACAUGGAAUCCCGGUCACUCUGAUUGGGGAGGCCGUGUUUGCACGCUGCCUCUCGUCACUCAAGGACCAGAGAGUGGAAGCAAGCAAGAUCCUCAAGGGCCCCAACGGCAAGUACGAAGGACAAGCUUCGGAUUUCGUGGAGCAUGUCAGGAAGGUAAGGUGCACUUCGCAACUGACGAUUAAUAAAUACCCCAAUGUCUGUACCUUUCUCCUCUUUGUAACAACCUGUCCUAUCAUGACCAUUGUAGAAUUUGUUUUGUUUUUUAAACUUUUGCAUGUUUAUUUGCAGGCCCUCUAUGCCUCCAAGAUUGUGUCCUAUGCACAAGGCUUCAUGCUGCUUCGCAGUGCAGCCCAGGAAUACAAGUGGUCCCUCAACUACGGAGCCAUUGCCCUGAUGUGGCGAGGUGGCUGCAUUAUCAGAAGCGCCUUCCUGGGCAACAUCAAGGCUGCCUUUGACAAGAACCCCGAGCUCAGCUGCCUGCUGCUGGACUCGUUCUUCGUGGAUGCCAUCCAGGACUGCCAGGCGUCCUGGCGUCUGGUGGUGGCCUCUGCAGCCCAGCUGGGCAUCCCCGUGCCGGCCUUCAGCACUGCCCUUGCCUUCUACGACGGCUUCCGCGCAGAGAAGCUACCCGCCAACCUCAUUCAGGCCCAGCGAGACUACUUCGGGGCCCACACGUACGAGCGACUGUCCGAGCCCGGCAAGUUCGUGCACACCAACUGGACGGGAACCGGAGGAAACGUGUCUUCGAGCUCCUACAACGCCUGAUCACUCUCUUGUCUGGCCUCUUCGAGGCUCGUCUUUGUGUGCGAGAGAUGUCCCUUUUUUACUAGUAACUGAGAAACAAUUUAUUUUUUUUGCACGGAAUAAAAGUUUACACUAUUUA